GGUCCUUAUGCGCCAUGGGGACCGAUGGUAUUGAAAGGAGGCGAAUAUUUUUUGAAAAAGGAGAAUGGCGCGACACUUCUUGAUAUCUCUCGAGGCCAUUUUCUCAAGGCCUUCACGUAUAUUCUUGGACCGACCGAUACUGUAUUCGUGACCGUGGUCCUCCAGCACCCUUCAUCCCAAGUGCUCAAUUUUGAUGGCACGCCCACUGGUGAUGUUGUCUCCGCUGACGGUUCGUCGCAGGUAGUCGUAUCUGGCACGCUAAAGAGCGGUGCUGUGAUGAGUUUGCACUGGCGUGCGGGGAUGGAGAAACCUGCCAAUGUGAAAGCGGCAACUCUGCUUGUAUGGGUUAUUGACGGGACGAAAAGAAGCAUAAGGAUUGAGAGCGACAAUCUCUUGGCAGCUUUUGUAGUGGUGUACGAACCAACGCAGCUUUGGGUGAAUGGUGAUGAGGUGAAAGUUGAUGAUGAUGGUAAGACGAAUGAGGGUAGGUCCUGGGAGGAAUACUUGAAGGGCGAAGGCAUUGGAGAUUAUCCCGACUUGCAGCAUGCAGUUCAGAUCAAGAGUAUUGUCGACGCCAUUUGGAGGAGUGCUGAGGGAGGCGUUGGGAUUACCCCUGUAGAUGCUGGAAGAACAUGCAGCACACCAAUGUACUAUAUAUGCAGGUCAGGUCGAAUGCCGCGCCCUUUUGUUCAUUAUGCUGAAGAUAGACAUCGCUUAGCAACGGCUUUGGUACAAGUCAAGGAUAUACACACUUGA